AUGGAAGACGCAUGGUGGGUAGUGGCCAUAGUGGAUGGUGAGCACAGUCGAUGGUCAAGUAAGAAGUCUCAUGAUGACCAUGGUGGAGGGGAGGAUGGAAAGACCCAUUUUGGACGGUGGGGACAGUGGAGGGUCAAGGUAGGAAGCCUCGUGGUGACCAUGGUGAUGGAAAGACCCAUAAUAGAUGGUGGCCGUGGUGGAUGGUCAAGAUGGAAGACCCAUGGUGGAUGGUGGCCGUGGUGGAUUGUUAAGAUGGAAGAUGCAUGGUGGAUGGUGGGCACAGUCGAUGGUCAAGUAAGAAGUCUCGUGGUGACCAUGGUGGAUGGGAAGAUGGAAAGACCCAUAGUGGAUGGUGGUCAUAGUGGAUAG